AUGGCAGACCAGGUAACUUCCAACUCUGAAGUCUUAGACGGGUCAGUCCGCCGAGGGCCGGUCACUGCCAGCUCAGAUACUGCAAGUAAUGAAGUUAAUAUCAAUAAUGGCCAGCAGCAAGGUUCGAGUGAAAAUGGCAUAGAGCCUUUUAAUUUCGUACUUUUAGGUACUGUUCGAGAUCGAAUAUUCCAGGCUAUGCUGGUACGCAUGGCCGUGUGUUACAAUCAGUAUGUGCCGAAGUUUAUUAGACGUCUGAUUGAGUUUUUCACUUUAUUAAUAGUAAGCACUCUUCAUAGUUCUCUUCCAACUGCUGUCUUAGUUAUGCUUCUGCUUUUGAAGUUUUGUUAUUUAGCUUUGGUUUUGCUCUGUCUCAUGCUGUAUGUUCAUUUUUCGUUUGGCAGAAGGGAUGCAGAUUGUCUCUCCUCUUUAACAGAUGUAUGGCCACGUGAUGGGGUUUUAAGGGUAGAAGUUAUUAACAAUUUGGAUAAGUACAAUGCAUUUCAAGAACGUUUGGCGGAAACUUCAAGACUGGAAAGAACUCAGUCAAACUUAACUUUCUUUAGCCUGAAGGAAGUACUGAUGAAAGGACCAGUUGCACUUCCAAAAGAACUGAGAAAAAUGGGAAGAACUGCAUCAAAGGAAGAUCCUGAUCAUUGGAGCAAUUUAAUACUGACCAACCAAACAGUAUUUGACUUUUUAUGGAAGUCUGGAAGGACAGCCGGAGAUCGCAUUUCAAAAGAUGAUCUGAUGUUAACUUCCAAUCAAGAUUUGGAUGAGGAUCUUACAAAUUAUGGACAGAAUGGGCCAGAGGCAACUUAUGAGUGUGUAAUUGAGUAUUCUUUGCAUACCGGUCUACUGAAGCUUUCUGAUGCAUAUCGAGCAGAACAUAAAAUUCCAUUCAUGCGAGUACGGAUUGAUCCUGACACUGACGAAUGCUUUGGUGAUGCAUUUCAUCGUUUUUUGAUGCGGUAUUUUUUGGGUUUCGAGGAUGCUUUAAUGUCGUCUGUCAAAUCACUUGCUGGAAAUGAGGUUGAGAAAGGUUUUUUGAAGGAUUUGAUGAAUGGUGAAUUAUAUCGGUUUGUUCCAUCUGGUCAUUCGAGAAUUAGCUAUUUGUAUGCCUUUUUCGUGAUGCUUAUUUUUACUUUUGCGAUAUCCAUGCUACUUCGUUUUUCACACUACCAAAUCUUCGUUUUCAUAGUUGAUUUAUUACAAAUUUUUGAUCAGAAUUCUAUCAUGGAGUUUCCUGCUGCUCCUUUGCUAACAGUGAUAAUGGCGUUGUUUGGGAUGGAAACAAUAAUGAGAGAUAUAUUCAAUGAUACUUCGACAGGAUUUUAUGUAAUUUUGCUUGUUUGGAUUGCGGACCAAUUUGAUUCAAUAUGCUGCCACGCUCCUAUAAGCAAGCGACAUUGGCUUAGGUCCGUAUAA